AUGGAAGUUCAUACGUUGGUUUGUGCGCCGGGGAAGCCUCUUCCCCCCGCACAACCCCAGCUUUCCGCAGCCGCAGCGCCUGAGAAAAGAAAGCGGGUCCGUCGAUGGCAUCACCGAGGAUUUACAGGCUGUUCGACAUGUCGUCGACGCCACGUCCGCUGCGACGAAGCAUCGCCGUCUUGCAAAAACUGUACACGCCUGGGUCUUGAAUGCGAUGGCACUCAGGGUCGUAUGACCUUCAAAGUCUACGGACCGCCGCAAGCGGAUUCGUCUCCCGCCACCGCCAAGAAAUGCGACAAAAAGAUCAAGAGCGAAGGGGACAAGCAAGUGAAGCAGGAGCCAGCAGGAGACGAGAAUGAGCCCUUCGAAACAUUAGUUGUGUCUCCAACAACUGUGUCCGACCUGAAGCCUAUAAAAUAUCGCUUUCAAGACCCCAUCUCUCCCGCCGAGUUUUUAUCCUCGUCACUGGACUGCGUCGAAGGCCGGUAUUACACUCAUUUCGUCGACCAGGUCUCUACUCUACUCCUCAUCUAUGAUAAUUCGAACAACAUAAAUCCCUACCGAAGAUUCUUCCCUGAGCUCGCUCGAUCCUCAACGUCAAUGGCUAGCGCUAUGCAAGCCAUGGGUGCGUUGCACCUUGCCAAUACAUCUAAAGGGCAACAGCGAAACAAGCACUUCCAACAAGCCAUGAGCAAUUAUGGCGAGGUUGUCAAGUCCUUUAGAACCCGAUAUACGGACCCCAACCACAGCGUGCGACUUACGGAUUUCGCCACCUGUCUUUUACUGUCACUGUUCGAGAUGAUGGAUUCUCAACAUCACAACUGGGCUAUCCAUCUUAAAGGAGCCCGAGAAAUUUACCGAAUACUUUUCACCCCUAAUGACGACCCGGACAAAGAAGCCAAGCGCCUCGCUGAAAUCAAUCACCCACUUCGACCCUUCCUCGUAUCGCUGCUCUCAUACUUAGACGUUGCAGGUGCCUGUGCCACCAGUGAGGGAACCGUGGUGGAAGGCAGCUAUUGGACAACACACGGAGGUGGCUGGGAGUACAAUCUGGGUACACCAAGCCUGUCGACCGAACAACCUGCUUAUAGUCACCAUCUUGUUGAAUUGCGCCAAUGUUGGUCCGCUAUGAUGGAGAUUCAAGCAGCCAUCAGUGCCUUUGGAAAAGCGAAACAAGAUGGUCUGAUGCCGUUCGAACAACAAGACUUGGUUUAUCACGAGCUAUUACAGCGGCUGGUACAAUGGCGUCUGAACGCACCACAGGCACUGCAGAUGUUAGGCGAACUAGAUGAUGAGAGCUUGCGACAAUAUCCAUACCCCGAUGUCCUUGAGUAUGCCGGGUGUAUCGAAGCAUAUGAAAAGGCCACCAACAUAUUCCUACAUCGGGUUGGAGCAGCAGGCCGUCCUGAUAUACAGCCCCAAAGGGCGCUGUUAGACAUGCUUGCUACGCGAAUCUUGGCGUUGAUCGGAAAGCUCGCAAAGGAUGUGGGUCAGUUGGCGGUACUAUGGCCACUCUUUACAGCUGGCCGAGAGUCACGGAACGAGAGCGAGCAGAAAUUUGUGCGGCAGACCAUGACUGAUCUCCAGCGGUUCGGGUUUAAGAAUGUUGAUAAGGCCCUCGAGGAACUGGAACAAGCGUGGUUCAAGCAGCGAGCUUUCCCAGAAGGUUGGAUUGACACUAUGGACGAUAUACGCUCCUCAAUCCUCCUCCCUUGA